ACUGCGAAUAUGAAAUAAAAUAUGGUGGAAAAUGUCAACAUGAUUUAAAUACUGUUUUUGAGUUUUGUAUUCGUCUUUCUGUUUAUUGCAAAUGUGUUUCAGAACACUUGACAUCAAUUUAUAUGCCUAUUCGGUUCAAAUAUGAAUGACACACUAGAGGACAGUGGCUGCUGUCAGCACUUGAUUUCAGCCAUAAAAACUGUUGGCAUAUCUCUCAAAAACUGUGUUCAUAAAGGACUAACUAACGAUCAAUUUGAUUACAUAUCAGCUCAGUUGAACGGUGCAGAAGACUGUUUAAAAGAUGUGCGAGAAGAGUUCAAGAGGACAUUUCAAUUGACUUUGGAUAAAAAAUUGAAUGCAGAUAAAAACGAUGAAGAAUCAGAUGUCACCGUUGAUCUCACAGAUGAUCAUGACGAUCUUGAUGAGAGUGACGAUGUUGUAAAUGUUAAGAAACCAUUGGUAGAUGUAAAAAAGAUGGAAGAGGACAGAGAUUCGGACGAUACUGAUGACCUGGAAAACUUUGAUGACUUCAAUGUGGAUGAUGUGAUACAGUCUACUCCAGUCAGUGACAAAUUAAAGCAGAAGUCUGUAACAAACCUUGGGUGUUCUAGAGUUAUAAAAACUGAGCAAGAUCCAGAUAGACGUAAAAGUGAAGAUCUCUUUGAAACACCCAAUAGCUCACAACAUGAUCAGCCUUAUAAGUCUGACGAUAACAAAAUUGCUCCAAGAAAAGCAGGUGAUAUUGGUGUUAAAUCGGAAGUUGACUGCAAGGAUGUAAAGGAAAAUGGUAAAGAAAAGCCUGAUAUGUCAGCUUAUAAAGAGUACUUUGAUGCUGUGUUGGGAGACACUGAUGACUUCGAUGAUGAUGACUUUGGAGAGGAAGAUUUCCAGGAGCUUGACGCUGCAGAGAAAAGUUACACCAAUGACACGGGCAGCAACCACACAUCUCCCGACCACACCCCUCCUGAUGUUCAGGUCAUAGAGGAUGAUGAUGAAGAUGCGGAGAACCAGCCCCAAGACAAGAAGUACCUCCAGGUUCUCAAACAAUACUUUGGUUACUCCAAGUUUAGACCGAUGCAGUGGAAGAUUCUACACUCCAUAAUGCUGGACAAACGGGACAACUGUGUCAUCAUGGCCACAGGAUAUGGUAAGAGCCUGUGUUACCAGUUUCCCUCGCUGAUGACGGGGCGAACCACUGUGGUUAUCUCACCAUUAAUUUCACUUAUGCAGGACCAGGUCCUCUCACUACAAGCAGCGAAUAUUCCUUCAUGUUUACUGGGGUCAGCCCAGGAGAAAACGAGGGAGGUCACUGACAAUCUCAUGAGGGGAGAGUACCGUGUGUUAUACAUCACCCCGGAGUUUGCGACGGUUGGUACGGACGUUCUAUCCCGACUGGAUGACUGUGUCGGUAUCGAUCUGAUUGCCAUUGACGAAGCUCAUUGUGUGUCACAGUGGGGGCAUGACUUCCGUGACGCCUACCGCCAGCUCGGGAAACUGCGGGCAUUGUUCCCUAAUGUUCCAAUCAUGGCGCUUACAGCUACAGCCACACCCGAGGUUCGAUUGGACAUCUGUAGAAGUCUUAAGCUGAAAAACCCCAUGGUCACAUGUUCUGGAUUUGACAGACCCAACCUGUUUCUGACAGUGAACCAGAAGUGUGGUGACGUGAAGCACGACCUGACAACACGUAUGGAACAAGACGGGAACAAGCACAGGUUUCCUGGGCCCACCAUCAUCUACUGCCCUACGAAGAAAGACACUGACAUGGUGGCCAAUGUCGUUAAAGGUAUGAAGGUGCCCUGCCUGCCCUACCACGCGGGACUGACCCCAAAAGCUCGAAAAGAGGCGCACAAGAAGUUUGUCAAUGACGAGAUACAGGUUGUCGUGGCAACAGUGGCUUUCGGUAUGGGCAUCGACAAACCAGACUGUAGGAUGGUCAUUCACUACGGAGCCCCAAAGGACAUUGAGUCGUACUAUCAGGAGGUUGGGCGGGCAGGGAGGGAUGGUUUGCCUAGUGAGUGCCAUACCUUCUACACCAACAAGGACUUCAACACUGCCAGGUUUCUGCUGAAGGACAUCCAGAAUGUGAAGUUCAAGCAACACAAGUUGAACAUGCUCACCAAAAUGACCCAGUAUCUGAGUGCCUCCACGUGCAGGAGACGGAUCCUGCUGUCUCAUUUUGACAGUAAAAACUUGGAGCAGGUCGGAGGCACCGCCAACUGCUGUGAUAACUGCAGGAAAAAUAUAGAGAAUAGUCGACAGAAGAGCUAUUAUGACUCCAAGAAUUGGUCAUCCGUCGUGUCCGGUGUUACAUCAAAGACAGAACCUCGGGACUAUGGAAAGGAGGCGGCGACCUUCUUCUCAGUUGUCAAGGCCUUAAAUGGAGGGUUUGGACUGACCAUCACGGUGCUUGUACUGAUGGGAUCCUCCAGCCAGAAGGUGAAACGAUGGACCAACAAUAAGAUCUUUGGCAUUGGAAGUUACAGGAAGGCCGCAUGGUGGAAGGCACUGGGUCACUGUCUUGUGGAACAGGGAUAUCUUGAGGAGGUUGCGUGUGGCCAGGGUCUAUUCGGUUCCACUAUCAAUGUCACAGAGAAGGCUAUUGAUUGGAUGGACCAUGGAGGACAUACAGGGAGCCGGGAUCUCAAGUUUGUACCCAACGCGGAACUAGCUGCUGAGGAUAAACCUGCUGUCACUGUCGCCAUCAGACCAAGUAUUCCAAGUGUAAAUCCACCGUCUCGCCCCGGGCUUUACAAGAGCCACACCUCCCUGAUCUCAGCCUCUAAAGUCAUGCCUGACCCUGUCGCCGCCAUCCGGGCAGCUGCCUUCACCCCACAGAAACCUGCUGUCGAUGAACGCACUGCCAAACUGGAGGCAGACCUGUAUACUCUUUUAAUCAGGCGUAGAAACGAACUCGCUCAACAGACAGGCUUCACCCCACAUUCCAUUGCCAGCAAUAAAGUUCUAUUGGACAUGGCAAAAAUAAGGCCGACCACCAAGCCUGACCUGCUGCGGCUGGAGGAUUUCCCCGAAGCUAAGGUGGAGAGGUUUGGGGCAUCACUGGUCGAGGUGGUGGCCGAGUUCUGUGCCAGUAAUGACCUUUCAACCAACAACUUCCCAAACAUCAACAUCAGCAAGUCAGGGAGUGAACUUCAGGCCGAGAUCUACAACCUGACUGAGACACAGAGGACGUCCUACAUCAUGUUUGCAGUGCAGAAAAAUUCCCUGGAGGAGGUUGCUUCCCGUCGGGGUUUUAAGACGUCCACGAUCAUGUCACACAUGGCCGAGGCUAUCAAGGUCGGCUUGCCCGUGGAGAUAGAGAGAGUCGGGGUCACACCCAACAUACAGGCUCUCGUUACAAGGGCUGUCAGGGGACAAGUUAUAAACUCAGAGAUUAGUCGUUUAACGAAGAUCAAGGACGAGUUGCCGGAGUAUGUCGAGUACAACCACAUCAAGAUUGUGCUGGCCCUGCUGGUGCGCAAGUACGGACAGCGGGUCCUUCCCACGGGGGAGGUAUACCUGGAAGGCAGCCAGUCUACAGACAUGGGAUCACAGUCCCAGGGAUCCAUUGACUUAGAAGUAAACAUUGAUAGCCAGAACUCACAACGUGAGAAGCAGUCCAAGGUAAAUUCCGAGAAUCCCUUUAUGGCCGGUUCCAGUCCUGCUGCUGAUAAUACACAGGGAACCAAGCGCAAACUUCCUGUCUGGAUGUCAUCGGGUAGUCAACCGAAGCUUACCAAAAAAAUGAAGUCAAACAGCUUGUUUAGAUAGCAGUGCACAACAUUUAUCAUGUACCAUAUAUUCCUUGUCAAAUUAUCAUGUACCAUAUAUUCCUUGUUCAAUUAUCAUGUAAAAACGAUGUAAAGGUGUUGUUGUUAUGAGGUAAUUAAUAAAAUUAUCACUAAAUGAUAAGUGAUGUUUCUUUUAUAUGUUAUCUGUUUUUUUUGUGUGUUAUCAGUCAAGAUUACAACCCAUAUGCAUUACAGAGAUGCGGAGACAAGUCCAGAUUAUUGUAAUCGUUAAGACUUUUAAAUUUGAUCGUACAUGUGUUAUGGUCAUUUUGAUUGUGCAUGUGUUAUGGUCACUUUGAUUGUGUGUUAUGGUCACUUUGAUUGUACAAGUGUUAGGGUCAAUUUUUGAUCAAUGAUUUCACAAACCAUUAUAAUUAUAACCUAUUUCCUUAUUUCUGAUGUUGCCAGACUUAUUUACAAUCUUGAUUCUAAAGCUUUGUCCAUGAAACACCAGCUAUUUUAAGCCAUCUGCUGGAUUUUAUCAUAUUGUUAAGCAUUGUCCAUGAAA